AUGGAGUCCAUUCUACCUUCAAACGAAAUCGGAGAAGGACUCCCUAUUCUGAUCAUCCACGGGUGGCAGAUGGAGGGAAGGGUCGAGGCGCUAGACUUUGAGCCUAUUUUCAGCAAUUUAUCAGGUCUUCGUCGGAUCUACGUCGAUCUCCCUGGCAUGGGCAACGCACCUGCAAAUGAUAUCAAAGACCAAGAGGACAUAUUGCAUCGCCUGGUGCAAUUCAUUGAUUCUCGGCUUGGAAAGUCAAGAUUCCUACUUAUCGGCUCAUCAUGCGGCGGAUACCUUGCACGAGCGAUCGCUCAAAAAUACAUCGACCAAGUUGAUGGUCUAUUUUUGCGAGUGCCGCUUAUUGAGCCAGAGGAUAGCAGACGCGAUCUAGAUACUUUCAAACCGGUGCUUGAGAACGAGCAAUUCAUUUCGACUCUAUCAGCGGAAGAUAAGAAGCUCCUUGGAGACAUUCUCGUUCAGACACCUGCUUAUGUUGAAACUCUCAAGUCAAAAUAUGAGGGAGUCUAUGUCCCUGCAGAGAAAGCAUCAGAUGCUAAGGCGUUGGAUCCUAUUCGGGAAGACCCGGGUCGAUACCAGCUAUCCUUUUCGUUGGAUGAUCAGAGUUCCAAGUUCUUUGCGCCAACACUUAUUGUAUGUGGUCGGCAAGAUCAGAGUGUGGGGUACCGAGAUAGUUUGCGAUUGCUAGAGCUUUAUCCACGAUCGACGUAUGUUGUUCUAGAUCGUGGUACGCAUGGCCUUCCUAUUGAUGAGACGGGUCUUUUUGAGGCACUUGUUCGUGACUGGAUAGUCCGGGUUAAGGAAUGGAGAGGUCGCACAAAGCAAUAA